UCUAAAUGCUGACAAGUAUCCAGUGAAGUUGAAGCUGACGACCAUGAGUGGAAUGAACACGGUUCUCUCAAGUGAGAGUGUUUUCGGCCUCUGUGUAAGGGGAUACAGCUCUGCAAUUCAGUUUGAUCUCCCAGUUGCCUACUCAAAGGACUGCAUACCUGUAAACCGUGCUCAUAUUCCCACUUGUGAGACGGCUAAGCAAUGGAGUCACCUCAGAGAAAUAGCAGAAGAAAUCCAACCUCUGAAGGACUGUGAAAUAGGGCUCCUGAUAGGCUAUAACUGCUCUAGAGCCAUGGCACCAAGGCAGGUUAUUCUAGGAGGAGAUGAGGAACCUUAUGCUGUACGGACAGACUUAGGAUGGAGUAUUGUGGGGCGCUCAUCGCAAAGCUAUGAUCCGCCGAGCUCAAGUCGCCUGUGCCACAAAAUCUCCAUUAAAGUACUGCCUCCGGUAACUCCGGCCGACGCUAUUCGCAUUCUGGAAUCUGACUUCAAGGAUGAUAGUGAAGACAGCAAAACAGUGUCACAAGAUGACAUCACCUUCCUCAACAAGCUAAAUGAGGGCAUACAGAAAAACAAACAUGGCCAUUACCAAAUGCCUCUACCCUUCAAAAACAGACCCAGUAUGCCUGACAACAAAAACUCAGUCAUGAUACGCCUCAACCACCUCAAAAGAAAACUGCAGCGGGAUGAAAAGUAUAAGGAGCAGUAUGUCAAGUUCAUGGAGGAGAUCAUCGAAAGGGGAGAUGCAGAGCAGAUCGAAGACGGUGGGAGUGAAGUUGAGAGAUGGUACAUUCCCCAUCAUGGUGUUCGGCACGCAAAGAAGCCAGAUAAGCUUCGUGUAGUGUUCGAUUGCUCUGCCAGACACAAAGGAACCAGCUUGAACGACCAUCUCCUCUCAGGGCCUGACUUGCUGAACAACUUGAGCGGUGUUCUUAUCCGCUUCCGACGUUACCCUGUUGCUUUGAUGUGUGACAUUGAGAAAAUGUUCCAUCAAUUCCAUGUGGAUGAGGCUGAUCGCAACUACCUGCGCUUUCUUUGGUGGAAGCAAGGAGACUUGAACUCACCGCCCAGUGAGUUCCGUAUGAAGGUGCAUCUGUUCGGUGCAGCCUCCUCCCCUGGAUGUGCAAACUUCGGGAUGAAGCAUCUAGCUAAGGAGAAUGGCGACCUCUACCCUAAAGGCUCACAGUUUAUCAUGAGGGAUUUCUAUGUUGAUGAUGGCCUCACCAGUGCUGGCAGCACCGAAGAAGCUGUUCAGCUUGCCAGAGAAGCUCGUGAACUCUGUGCCAUGGGUGGACUCCGAUUACACAAAUUUGUGUCAAAUGAGAGAAAUGUCCUAGAAAGUAUACCGCCCUCUGAAAGAGCAAUCAAUGUGACGAAUAUGGACCUCACGUUCGAUGAACUGCCGCUUGAGAGAGCCCUGGGGAUUCAAUGGGAUGUGGAGUCCGACCAUUUUCGUCUCAGUGUCAGCCUCAAGGAUCAGCCGGCAACACGUCGCGGCAUUCUUUCUACAGUUGCCUCCUUGUAUGAUCCUCUCGGGUUCGUGGCGCCAGUUCUGCUCAAAGCGAAGAUCAUUCUUCAGGAGAUGUGUAGGCGAGGCACAGGCUGGGACGAUCCUCUCCCUGACGAGCUCCGUCCAAAAUGGGAAAAAUGGAGAGAUGAUCUAGCUCAGUUGGAUAAUGUCACUAUACCCCGCACUUACUCACCAGCUGGAUUUGGGAAGGUUUUGAAGACACAGCUGCAUCAUUUCUCAGAUGCUAGCUUGAAGGGUUAUGGUCAGUGUUCAUACUUGAGACUACAAAAUGAGGAGGGAGACGUUCACUGUGCCUUAGUUGUAGGAAAAUCACGCGUCUCGCCAUCAAAAGUUACAACUGUUCCAAGAUUGGAACUGACGGCUGCAGUUGUCUCUGUGAAGAUGAGCAACAUGCUCAAGGAGGAAUUUGGAUCAGCUGACACUGAGGAGGUCUUCUGGACCGACUCUAAGGUGGUCUUGGGAUACAUAAAAAACGAAGCACGACGAUUCCACACCUUUGUGGCUAACCGUGUUCAGAAGAUUCACCUCAGCUCAGACCCUCAACAAUGGAGAUAUGUUCCAACCAAUGAGAAUCCUGCUGACCAUGCUUCCAGGAGCUUGACUCCCAGCGAGCUUUUGUCAUCCACCUGGUUCACUGGACCCAAGUUCUUGUGGCACAAGGAAAUGAAGCCGCCGGCAGAUGAAAUUCCAGAGUUAAUAAUUGGAGACCCAGAGGUCAGAAGUGCUUUGGUACUUAACACAAGAACUACAGAGCAAGCGAGCCUUGUUGAUCGUUUAUCUAAGUUCUCAUCUUGGUCACUGGCUAUUCGAGCUGUUGCACGCCUUUUAAGGCGCAUCAGAAAGAACAGAUCAAACAACCUCACCACUGUAACAGAACGAGAAGAUGCAGAACAUUGCAUAAUCAAAGACCUGCAGAAAAACGUGUACCAAGAAGAGUUGAAACUGCUGAGCAAAGGGGUCCCCCUACCCUCUCACAAUUCACUACACUCUCUUGAUGCCUUCCUCGAUAAAGAUGGUGUCUUCAGGGUGGGAGGAAGGCUGUGCAACUCUUCUCUUCCCAACUCCAUCAAGCACCCUGCAAUCAUUCCCAAAGAUCAUCACAUUACAAAAAUGAUCAUUGCUCAUCACCAUGAAAGAAUCGAACAUCAAGGUAAAGGCCUCACCCUCAAUGAGAUCAGGUCCCACGGCUACUGGAUUCCAGGAAUCAACAGGGCAGUAGCAUCGCACAUUCGUCAAUGCGUCACCUGUAGACGGCACCGGAAACCAACGGAAGAGCAAAGGAUGGCUGAUCUACCCCCCGAACGCGUGGAACCAUCACCCCCCUUCACCUUCUGUGGAAUGGACUGCUUUGGUCCAUUCCUCACGAAGCAAGGAAGAAAGGAGAACAAGAGGUAUGGUCUACUUUUCACUUGCUUUAGCUCCCGUGCCAUUCAUAUUGAGAUGCUUGAUGGCAUGUCCACAGACGCCCUCAUCAAUGGCCUCCGAUGCUUCAUUGCUAUGCGUGGUGCUGUUCGUCAGAUCAAGUCCGAUCAAGGUAGCAACUUCGUUGGAGCCAAAAACGAACUUAAGGAAGCUCUAAAGGAAGUUGAUGCAGACCGGCUGGCUGUAUUCCUUGCUGAAAAACAAUGUGACUUUUGCAUGAAUGCACCUUAUUCAAGCCAUGUCGGAGGUGUUUGGGAGAGACAGAUUAGGACGGUGAGAAGCGUUCUAAGGUCCACGCUUGCUCUUUCCUCUGGAAGGCUAAAUGAUGCUUCACUGCGGGCUUUUCUCUAUGAAGCUAUGGCAAUCGUCAACAGUCGACCACUGACUGUUGACAACCUCAGUGAUCCUCAUAGUCUUGAGCCACUCACACCUAAUCAUCUUCUGACUAUGAAAACUGUCAGGGCCUUACCACCUCCAGGCGAGUUCGUCAGAGAGGACAUGUAUGGCAAG